AUGUCUGCCGCCCAAGCGACAGAGACUGUGCCCGAUCACGAAGUUGUGGUCGCGGCGGACGAGGCAGAAGAAGAGCUUGUGGUUGAUGACGCUGCAUCCGACAGAGCCCCCAGUGCCGCGUCGUCUAGCACAAGUUUGAAAGGCUCUGUUCUCGAUUAUCGGAUCGAGAAUGGUAGAACCUAUCAUGCGUACAAAGAUGGCAGAUACAACCUGCCCAAUGACGAGACCGAAAAUGACCGGUUAGACCUCCAGCAUAACCUUUUUCUGCUCACCUUUGACGACAAGCUGGGCAAUGCUCCUCCUAACGACAAGGAUGCCAAGGUUGGGAGAGUCUUGGACGUCGGAACCGGAACUGGUAUCUGGUGCGUCGACUUCGGCGACGAACACCCUGAGGCCGAGAUCCUUGGUGUCGAUCUGUCAGCCACCUUCCCUGAGUUCACGCCACCCAACGUCAGGUUUGAGGUUGAUGAUAUUGAGGAGCCUUGGACGUAUUCUCGAAAAUUCGAUUACAUCCACAGCAGGAUGAUGAAUGGAUGCAUCAACGACUGGGAGGUUUAUGCCAAGAAGUGCUAUAACAACCUGAACCCUGGCGGAUGGGUGGAGUUCAUCGAGACCCCCCUUAAGCCCCAGAGCGAUGACGGAACCCUUCCAGCAGAUUCCCAGGUCCUAAAGAUCGCAGAACUAAUCCAGGAGGCCUCUGAGAAGGGCGGGCAUCCGACUUUGCCAGUGGAAAAUUUCAAAGACCUCCUGAGUAGGGCUGGGUUCGUCGACAUCAAGGUGUUGAAGUAUAAGUGGCCUACAAACACGUGGCCAAAGGACCAGCUUUACAAGGAAAUCGGCGCGUGGAGCCACGAGAACAUUGUUUCUGGAUGGGAUGCACUUAGUUUGGCUAUUCUCACGCGAGCCCACGGUUGGACGAAGGAAGAGGUGAUUGUCUCUAACGCCUUAUGUCGCAAGGAGUUCAAGGACAAGAGCAUCCAUGCGUACUGGCCGAUGUACUCCAUCUACGGCAGGAAGCCUGAGAAGGCAGACUCAGAGGAUUCGGAAUAA